AGUUCUUAAUACACAAACCUCGAGUUUAUUUAAUGUAAUAAUAUGAAGUUUUUGAUCAACCAUUCGACGAUAGAAAAUACUUAUUAGGCUAUAUUAUGUUAUUCCAAUGCUAAUUAACUAAAAUGAUAAGACGCCGCACUAUAAGCAAGUGCACUGCACUAAGGGCGUCAUUAUUGGUUGUCCAUGAUGUUGAGUCCUUAUGUUAUUAUAUUAAUUUUUUUAUGUUAAGGAAAAAAUUAAGGACAACACAAAUCUAUAGAUUAUUGGUUAGACUUCUAAGAAGAGGAAAGAUGAUGAGAGGAUAAAGAAAGAAAUAAAUAGGAGAAUAGUGACGCUUCAUCACAAGCCGACAGGUAGCAAGAAGGACGAGCAAAAAAAGACCUUAAUUAAGAUCCGUCUCAAAACAUUACAAGCCUUUUUGAUUUAUUUUUGAGCCCAGAAAUGCUAAGGACCCUGCAUUUGGACCCCGCUAAUGUUGGUCUAAUAGACUAAUCUGUUUGAAAAUUAUGUUCAAUCCAUAUAUUCUUAAUCUGAAAUUAGAAAAUACUAUAUAGUAAAGUAGAAGUAGAACAAUGUAACACAAAAACUUUUAACUUUCCCUCUCUAUAAAUAGAAAAGAGAUCCACAUAUCAAAAACAACACAAACACCAGAACACACUCCAUAGACUCUCUCUCUUAAACCAAACAGAAGAAGAAGAAACAUGGUGAUGAUCAAGGCCACAUGGGUUUCUAUUUUCGCCCUCGCGGCUAUUCUCCUAGUGAUCCUAGUCCCGGUGGCAGAAGCGGUGACGUGCUCGCCAAUGCAGCUAAGCCCAUGUGCGUCGGCAAUAACGUCAUCUUCUCAACCUUCAGCGUUGUGCUGCAAGAAGCUGAAGGAGCAGAAGCCAUGCUUAUGUGGGUACAUGAGAAAUCCUAGCCUCCGUCGCUUAGUCAGCUCUCCCAACGCUCGUAAAGUCUCUAACCGCUGCAAGCUCCCCAUCCCAAGGUGUUGAAAACUAUAAAAAGGCGUUUUACUAUUUAUUAUGAUCAUCCUAUAUAUAUGUUUGAAUCCUAAUUUUGGUUUGUGUUUAAGGAUGUUAAUUAUGAUUAGUAAGCAGUUGUUAAAGUAAGUGUUACCCUUAAGAAUGUGUGAUGAUGCUUGUAUGCAUCUUAUUUCAACUUUUGUUUGUUGUCUUAUUCUGGUUUUUGAUCAGUGUAGAGGUGUUAUAAGAAUAUGAUGAUGUAAUCAUUGAGACAAUAUGAUAUAAAAUAUAUAUUUCAUAAACACAGAAGAA